GGAGUGGCCGCUGCACCUGUCCGACCUGUUUCGGGGACACAUGACCCCGCAGGAAUUUCUCCCGCUGCUCCCGGCCUUUGUUUGUGGGAGGCUAGAGGGUGAGAGGCAGAGGGAGAGAGAGGGGGAGACAGAGAGAGAAGAAGAAGAAGAAGAAGAGGAAGAAGAGAGGGAGACACAGAGAUGUCGGAGCCAGCAGCCGCUAAUCCCGCCGCCACUUCGUUCCCGGCGCCGGUCUUGUCCUUGCCUCUGGGACUGGACGUGCUGCGGACGUACUCCGGAGCGCUCGUCUGCUUAGAGAUAAUAUUCGGUGGUCUGGUAUGGAUCCUGGUGGCUUCCUCCAAUGUGCCCGUGCCUCUGCUGCAGUGCUGGGUGAUGUUCGUCUCUGUCACCGCCUUCUUCCUCUCCUCUGCCUACCUCGCCCUCCUCAUCACCGGUCUGGCUGACCGCAUCAACACAGAUUGGAACUUUUUGGAUGUGUUUUACCAUUUCAUAGCUGUCCUUUUCUACUUCGCCGCCUUCGUGUUGGAGGCAGCGACGACGGCGGCGAACGGAGGCGCGCACAUCACUCCGCUGCCAAACAGCACCGACACCGUCCUGUGUGUAACCUACCCCCGAGGCAACAUAUUCACAGUCCUGACUGGCACGCAGUACAGUAUUAAUGUAGCAGCCACAAUAUUUGCAUUCAUUGUGACGUUUUGCUACGGCUGCAGUAUGGUGAUGGGGUUCAGGAGGUGGAGGAUGUAACCCGGAAAGCAACGGCUUCGUAACUCCUGCGUGCACUAAGAUAUCAGCCGCCUCGCUCACUGCUCCCGGGUGGCUUCCUCCGUUCAAGUUCACCAAUCAGACGUGUGUUAGUAGCUCCGGACGGAAGCAGUAGCAAACAGUCCCUACUCCGGCAACGCGAUAGAAAUAUGGAUGGGAGUCUUUCUUCGCCUUACAAAAUAUCUGACAAAAAUUCUGAAAACAACUGUUUUGUUACUUCUGGAGAUGUUUUGAAGGUUUUAAAGUUGUAUUUGUGCAUUUCAUGCUGUGCAGAAUGGAUUAGCCGCUCUCUUCUGUAAAACUCCCUUUGCUCUGGAACAAAAACGACUCAUAAGAGGAAGGGAGCAGAUUAGCUUUUUUUUAAUUGUAUGAAGGUAAAUGUCAGUCCUGCAAAGUCUGAAGAAGUAAAAAUUUCCUACCAUGAGGAGCAUUAAAAAAUUGCUGCCUUGUGCUGAAAUCUCCACGGCAGAACAUAUUCUAAUGACAGGCUCAGUUUGAAAGGUUUCAGAAACAGUGUUGUUCCUCUCUUUCUUCUCUUCUGGUGCUAAGGCCACUGCUCAAAGACGAAACUGAUUUUAUCUUUGAAUUUUCUUACUACACGUGGAAUGCUGUUUGUAAUAUUUUGUAACAGAUGUACACUUCUGUAUAUAUAUUAUAUUUGUGUAGUAACAGCGUUGUUUAACCCAUUCUGAACAACUCCACUCAUGAUUAAACUUUAGAUCUAAUCACUUAACCAUGAGUAAAGAUGCUCUGAUCAGCUACUUUUCAAAUAUCUUGUAUGUGCUGAUGGAUUGUUUCAGUGUUUUUUUUUUAUUUUGUGUAUUAUUAUUGUUUAAUCUUUAAUAUCACUACGUAACAAAAUUUCAAUUUUUCUCUGUUCCUGGCUUGAAAGUGUUUUUUCCUGGUUGCUUCUGCUAAAAGUAAGAGAAAAAACACUCACUUUGCCCUUUAAACUUUACUUUUAAGACCAGUUCCAUGAAGCAUGUAUGUAUAUUGGGAUGCAUCCAUUUUUUUGUAAACAAUACUUUUAGAAAUAAAAGCAAAUUUCUGUCAUUUAUUUGCUUUAUUCACCUAAUUAAUAUACCAAAAGCUGUGAAAUGUCGAUUUUUACCUAAAGAAAUGCUAUUUCAUCACCAAAGACCAAGACAAAACCAAAGUUUAAACAUUGUAAUGACCACAUCUUUGAUCGAUCCAGGUAUAAGUGAGGAAAAUGUACUUUCCACCCAGGAACAAAAAGUGUGUUAAAUAGUGUAUGAGUUGAUCUGUAAACGAGUGGCUUGAAUCAGUAAUUAACCCGCUCUGCUACAUAGUUAUAUUUAAUGUUUACCAUUUAAUUUAAUGUUAAUUUAAAAUAGCUUACAAUGAAAGUUUGAUAUGUUUUUGACAACUGCUGUUGUUGAUGUUUGAAAUGCAUUUCUCAGCAAAUUAAAAUAAUUUUGACAAAUUCUGUUUUUGACAUUUGGAAUGCGUUUAUCAACAAAUUAAAAUCCAACU